AUGUUGGAAGUUAAUAACCAUGGUCAGACAAUUGUCUUAGCAUGCGCAUUUUUGAGCAAGGAAACGACUGAGUCGUUUGUUUGGAUGUUUGAGGAGUUUAAGAAAGCCAUGCCAGGUGGCGAACCUAAAACGAUCAUUACAGAUCAAGAUGCGGCAAUGGCCAUAGCGAUUUCAAUAGCCUUCCCGACUACAUUUCAUCGACUUUGCAUAUGGCAUAUCACAUCAAAGUUCUCUGUUAAGUUACCACAUUCUGCUUAUAAGGAGUAUUGGCGUGAAUUUCAGAAAGCCAUAUGGGAUACUGACAAUAAGGAUGAGUUUGAUGCAAAAUGGAAUAUUGUGGUUACAAAGGCUGGUUUGACUGACCAUCCAUGGCUAAGUUCAAUGUUUGAUUUAAGGGAAUCUUGGGUUCCAGCCUACGCACGACAAUUUUUUGCCGCUGGAAUGUCAAGCAGCCAAAGAGCAGAAGGUUCUCAUGGUUUUUUCAAGCAAUACAUAUCAAGGAGAAAUUCGUUGAUGGAUUUCAUAAUACGAUUUGAGAGGGCACUUUCUCAUCAACGUGAAAAAGAGUUAGUUGGUGAUCACGUAGAUCAUUUGAAGUGGCUCAAUGUAUUCUACCGAUGCCAAUGA